AGCCGAAACAACUCGGAACUGACUGUAGUCAUUCCCCCACAUGGGCAUAAGAUGGACGUGGUUGGUGAGUCACGAGUUGAUCCUCCGAGUAUGCAAGACAAGGAGAACAUUAUUGUAGACAAGGAGCCCAACCUAGAAAAGAUAAGUGGGGAGAUUGUACGCCAGUGUGAAUUUUAUUUCUCGGAUGCAAAUAUUCUAAAGGAUCUGUUUCUGCUUAAGCAAGUUAAGUCAUCCACCGAUGGAUGGGUGAAAUUGAAUAUAGUUGCAAACUUCAAGAAAAUGCAAGCGUUGUCAACAGACCAUGAUUUUAUACGGAAGGCACUUGCAACCUCAAGUAAAUUAGAGUUGUCAGAAGAUGGAGAGAGAAUACGCCGUCGUGAUCCUCUGCCGGAGUGGGACAAGUCCGUUUAUGGACGUUCCAUCAUAUUAUCAGACUUCCCAGAUGAUGCUGAUGUAACCUGUGAAGGCAUAAAACAAUUCUAUAUGGAUAAGAAUCGUCCUCCUGAACUAGUGCGUGUUUUCCUUCCUGGUCGCAAAGUAUCGUCUGAUUUAAAGCGAACUCAAAUUCUGCACCCACAACUUGGUGUUAAAAUUAGUGCUAUUGUGGAAUUUGCCGAUAGACCUAGCGCGUUGGAAGCUAUCAACUUGGCUCGUUCACACUGGGGGAAAAUAUAUGCUUAUCUUUUAACUCAUGGAAACAAGAAACUUGCGGCAACUACCCAAAAGAAAGAUUCUAAACCUGUGACAAGUGAAAACUCAGAUAUGACUCGCAGACCACUUUUUCGGGACAUUGGCAGCUUUGAGAAUCAAGUCCGUGUGAUACACCUUCGUGAACCAAGCAGUCCUCCGACAGACAACAGUGUCGGCUUUUAUCCUGGUUGGCGAGAGGCUGUUCGAUACAAUCGAGAUUAUUUUAGAGAUGGGAUAGUAUGGAGCACUGUAGCUUGAACUACCAGUGCUUUUAAGACCUGGAGAUUCUCAUAGAGAUAUUCUACUUAUAAUUCUCAGUUUCGUCUGUUUUUUAUCACUGCUGUUCUCCAGAACCUAAACCAUAAUGAAUUAUUAAAAUAUGUUGAUUUAUAUGCCUAGAAUAUGCCCUAUGUCUAUUUUAUCAGAUAUCUACUUCCAAUAAAGGAACAAUAAAAGAUGUAAAGUCCAUUUGUGUGGAAUGUA